UCAUGCUCCGCAAGACAGUCACACAAAGCUUUGGAGCAGCAAUCUCCAACUGGAACCCCGCCCACCUGAAUGACAGCAUCAUCCACAGGAGCAAGCGGAUGAUCCUGGACACCCUGGGGGUGGGAUUACUGGGAACCACUACCCCGGUGUUCAGGACAGCUCUUCAGUACAGCAGGAGAUACGGAUCCUUGGAAAGGAGCUGCAUCUGGGGACAACCUGGACUGUCUCUGCCACCUCAGUAUGCCGCCUUCGUCAACGGAAUUGCAGUGCAUUCCAUGGACUUCGAUGACACCUGGCAUCCACCCACUCACCCUUCUGGGGCCGUUCUUCCCGGCCUCCUUGCCCUGGCCGAGACGCUGCCCCGGAGACCCUCCGGCCUGGAGCUCCUGCUGGCCUUCAACGUGGGCAUCGAAGUCCAGGGGCAGCUAAUGAGAUUCUCCAGAGAGGCGCAUCACAUUCCCAAAAGGUUCCACCCCCCAGCGGUGGUGGGUGUGAUGGGGAGUGCAGCAGCUGGCGCUAAGCUCCUGAACCUCAGCCCGGCGCAGUGUGCGGAGGCGCUGGCUGUCGCGGCAUCGUACGCAGGUGCCCCCUUGGCAAAUGCCGCCACGCAGACCAAACCGCUACACAUCGGCAACGCCACCCGCCGGGGCAUGGAGGCCUGCCAGCUCGCGCAGCUCGGCUUGGAAGGCAACAAGGCCAUUCUUGAUAUCCAGUCUGGCUUUGGGGUGUUCUAUACCGAUUACACACCGAUGGAGCUGGAACCAGAACUUCACGGCCCUCCCUUCAGGUGGGUCCUGGAGGAUCAGGAUGUGGCUAUCAAGAGUUUCCCUGCCCACCUGGGAAUGCACUGGGCAGCUGAUGCAGCAGCUGAGGUCAGGGCCAAGCUGCUCCUUGGAAACCCCAACCUCAACGCUCGUGAGAUCACAAGGGUCACGCUGAAGGUGCCAAGCUCUAGGUACAUAAACUGCCCGGUGCCCACCACCGAGCACGAAGCCCGGCACUCGUUCCAGUUCAUCAGCUGCUCCGCGCUGCUCGACGGCCACGUGUCCGUGGACUCCUUCGACAGCCACCAAAUGGAGCGGAAGGUGUUGAAGGAGCUUCUGCUCCGAACCCACAUGGAGAACCCAGAGGACAAUGUCGCCAGCUUCGACAAAAUGUAUUGCGAGAUCAAGGUGGAGACUGCAGAUGGGCAGAACCACAUUGCCAGGUGCAACACCUUCUAUGGACACUGGAGGAACCCCCUCAGCCAAGAGGACUUGGUGGGGAAGUUCAAGGCCAACGCUGCCGCUGUGUUGCCCCUAGAAGCUGUGGAGGCUAUUGUCAACAUUGUAGAUAAUUUGGAGAAAAUCCCAGACUGCACCGCGCUCAGCUCUUACCUCCAAAUGAGCAGCCAGAUGCCAUAGUCGGUCAGCGUUCCAUACUGCCGAGUGAUACAAUUUCAUUUGUCUCCUAAAAAAUUUUUUUUUUUUUUUUGCUGGUGUGGGAGAAUUAGCUGUUUUCAACGGCACAAAAAGUGCAGUGCACUUGUAAUAGCAAACAUGAACAGCUAGGAGUAAAUAUGUACAAGGUUUUAAAAGGGAUGUAAUAGUCUUAAGUUCGCCGUCAUUAUUUAUUCAUUUAGGUGACACUUUUCUGCAAUACACUUUACAAUGUUAAGCUACGUGCAGUUACUUACCCAUUCAUACAGAAAUUCCCACCAUCAUACAACAGGCGGCAGAGGACCUACACCCCACUCAAGAUCAGUGGGACACCAGUAGAGAGAGUAAGCAGUUUCAAAUACCUUGCAGCGCACAUAUCCGAGGAUCUGACCUGGACUCAUCGCACUCAAGCACAGGUGAAAAAAACCAGGCAAUGGCUGUACCACCUGAGACAGCUGAGGAAAUUCAGGAUCUCCCCAGUGAUCCUGAAAGCUUACUAUAUCGGGGCUAUAGAGAGUAUAUUGACUCAGUGCAUCUCGGUGUGGUAUGGGAACUGCUCAACCAAAGACCGCAAAGCCCUGCAGAGAGUAGUGCGCUUAGUUGAGUGCAUCUCCAGGACUGCUCUUCCCCCGCUGCAUGACAUCUACACCAGGAGAUGCAGGGCGAGGGCUGAUAAGAUUCUUAAUGACCCCAGCCAUCCUGCUAAUUCACUUUUCUGCCUGCUGCAAUCUGGUAGACGCUACUGUAGUCUGAUGGCCAGAAGUGAGAGGCUCAAGAGGAGCUUCUUCCCUCAGACCAUCAGACUCCUCAACAUGGACACAGCCCACACUUUAAGGACUCCGGUAGCAUAAUGUUAUUCGUCAGUGCUGCACAUUGUACUUUAUUAUUGCAUAUUGUAUAUUCAAUGCCUUACACAUUUUUUGUCCUCUAAAUCUUAAUUUUAGUUUUUUUUACAUUUUAACUUUAAUUCG